AGGGACCGGGGCUGAGAGGCGCCUCCUGCCCCCGGGGCCCUGCAGCCUUCGGGCGGCGCCCGGCCCGGCUCCCAGCAGCGCCGGACCCGUUCACUCCGAAACCCAACGACGGCCCCGCCCCGCCCCGCCCCGCCGGGUGCCGCUGGCCGGGCGCUGGGGCCGGACUCGCCGCCCCCACGGGUCCCCGCCCUGACUCGGGCCUCUUGUCACGUGACCCCAGCGGCAGGUCCGUCACGCGGGUUCAUCGGAUCACGUGACCGAUUCUGCACGCGACCCAGAUUCGGGCUGGGGACGGACGGACGCGACGGGAUGGAGGCGCGGUUCCUGCUGGCAGUCGCCGUGAGUCUUGCGGGCUGGUGGUGUUCCCUAGCAUUGGGCUGGGCCCCAGAGCAGGACCAGAGUCUCCGGGUCCCUGCUGGAUGGAGCCACGUGGACCGGGUCGCUCCCUUGGAUGAGCUCGUGUUGACCUUUGCCCUCAGGCAGCAGAAUGUGGAGCAUCUGAUGAAGCUGGUGGGAAGAGUCUCAGACCCUGAUUCACCUCAGUAUGGAAAGUACCUGUCACUGGAGGAGCUGUGCACACUUGUCCAGCCAUCUCGCCUCACGCUCAACACCGUGCACAAGUGGUUGGGGGCCUAUGGCAUCAAGGGCUGCAAGACCAUUAGCACCUUGGACUUCCUAGAGUGCGUGAUGCCAGCCAGCACGGCGGAGCGUCUCCUGCCAGGAGCCCAGUUCCAUCGCUACGUGAGCGGCGAGCGCAGCGCUGUGCGCUCCCCUGUCCCCUACUCCCUCCAUGAGGAGCUGGCUGAACACAUUGACUUUGUGGGUGGCCUGCACCGGUUCCCUGCGGAAAGGAAGGUGGUGACCAGAGCCUCGGGGGAGGAGGAGGCGACGGCACAGUACCAGCAGAGGAGGGCAGCUUUCCAUCUGGGUGUGACGCCCUCUGUCAUCCGCAAGAGAUACAACCUGACAGACAGGGACAUCGGGGCAUUGCCCAAUAACAGCCAGGCCUGUGCCCAGUUCCUGGAGCAGUAUUUCCACCCGGCUGACCUGGCGGAGUUCAUGAAGCUCUUCGCAAGCAGCUUUGGGCACUGCUCCCGGGUCGACCAGGUGGUCGGGCACCAAGGGCUAGGCAAGGCGGGGCUGGAGGCCAGCCUGGAUGUGGAGUACAUCAUGAGCACAGGUGCCAACAUCUCCACCUGGGUCUUCAGUAACGCAGGGAGGCAUGAGAGCCAGGAGCCCUUCCUGGCCUGGCUGCUGCUGCUCAGUAACAUGUCCUCGGUGCCCUGGGUGCACUCGGUGAGCUACGGGGAUGAUGAGGACAGCCUGUCCCGGGCCUACAUGGAGCGCCUCAACGUGGAGUUCAUGAAGGCUGCUGCACGGGGCUUGACUGUGCUCUUCGCCUCAGGUGAUGCGGGAGCUGGCUGCAGAAAGCUUGCUGGAGGGAGCCACACUUUCCGGCCCAGCUUCCCAGCCUCCAGCCCCUAUGUGACCACGGUGGGUGGCACAGCCUUUCAGAACCCCUUCCGAGUGACUUGGGAGGUGACGGACUAUAUCAGCGGCGGGGGCUUCAGCAACGUCUUCCCUAUGCCGGACUACCAGGCUGCAGCUGUCAGGAAUUUCUUGCACUCAGCUCCAAAGCUGCCACCCCGCUCCUAUUACAACAGCAGCGGCCGUGCCUACCCCGACCUGGCUGCCCUGUCUGACAACUACUGGGUGGUGACCAACCGCAUCCCCCUGCCCUGGGUGUCUGGGACAUCGGCUUCCACCCCCGUGGUGGGGGGCAUUAUGGCCCUGAUCAACGACCGUCGUUUGCAGAAAGGUCUGCCGCCUCUGGGCUUCCUGAACCCGGCGCUCUACAAACUGCAGGAGAAGGGGCCUACUGCUGCCUUCUAUGAUGUCACCCAGGGCUGCCACCUGUCGUGUCUGGAUGCAGCAGUGGAAGGGCAGGGGUUCUGUGCUGGCCCCUCCUGGGACCCUGUGUCAGGCUGGGGCACCCCCAACUUCCCACAGCUUCUGAAAGCUCUGCUCAACCCGUGAUGCCGGCAGCAGGAGGAAAGGGCUGGGGCUAGAGCGGAGUAUGCAGCAGGCAGGACCACCUCCGUUCUCGCCCCCUCCCUACUACCACAUCUAACCUGAGAUGGGGCACCUUCCUCCGAGCUGUAGGACAAGGGGCCAGGUCACUGCUGUUCCUUUACCUUACUGAGCAGGCUGGGAUUCAGGGCCUCCUGGAAAGAAUCGGCUCAGGCUUCCCCCUACCUCGCGCUCAGGCCUGCUAAUACCUCCCUUCAGUUAUCUCAGGCACUGCUACUCUGCAGUCCAGUGCGGCAGCUGAGCGCUGCAUUCCUCUGCCUGGCCCCAGGCCCCCAUGAGGGUGACACAGUGGGAGCCCCACACAGGGAGGGGAGAUGCUCUCGCAUGAACUUUCCUCAGGGGAAGAAGUGGGAGCAAGGCUCACCCUGGCCCCCACUGGCAAUAAAGGUCUUGGCUCUAGAGUGUAUCCGGUGGUGCAGCGGGGUGGAGGGAUGGGCUGGCUGGGGGGUUGGGUGAAUAAAACCCAGCUGCUGCUAUUUGCUGCUUCAUGGACUUCAGGAAUUUUGGUCUGAGUUUUGGGAUUCCUAGGUGUCCCUUCGUUUCCCUCUGUGCUGCGCCUAGUUAUGGACAGUGUAAGCAGAGCUGGAGAGCUGAGGCCUUUGGGUGACUGUUGGGUGUUAUGAAUGGGUCAUUAAAGGACUGGCUGAAAGGAGUCAGACUCACAAGGGGAGCGGAAGGGACGGGAGGUUCAGCCUAGUAGGUUUCCCCAUCCUGGGCACAGCCUCCAGCUGGAGAACAAAGCGGGAAGGUGUCAGUGGCUGGCUUAGGGGCUGGCCCUUGGAGAGAUGUGCUUGUCUACACAGUGGUUCUCCUGGUGUUGCAGGUAAUCCACCUCCCCAAGAGCAGGUGUAGCUAGGGUGACGGGGAUUUAGGGCAUCUUAACAAUGCCACUCAGGGCUUGGCUACACUUGCAAGUUGCAGCGCUGGUAGAGGCUUUCCAGCGCUGCAAUUAGUAACCGUCC